UGAACGUACAAUCCUGUGCUCAUCAUGACUGGAAGAGGAAAGGGAGGAAAAGGUUUGGGUAAAGGAGGAGCCAAGCGUCACCGAAAAGUGCUGCGAGAUAACAUCCAGGGCAUUACCAAGCCCGCCAUCCGCCGUUUGGCUCGGCGCGGAGGAGUGAAACGUAUCUCCGGCCUCAUCUACGAGGAAACCCGUGGCGUCCUGAAAGUGUUUCUGGAGAAUGUGAUCCGUGAUGCGGUCACUUACACUGAACACGCCAAGCGUAAGACCGUCACCGCUAUGGAUGUGGUGUAUGCUCUGAAGCGUCAGGGCCGCACUCUGUACGGUUUCGGAGGUUAAA